CGAUCGGGCCGAACAGUUCGUGCAGCGACUCCGAUAGUUUUAUCAAUGACAGAUGUGUUUUGACAGGACGUGUAUUCUGUGACAGUGGCGUGUUGUCGGUUCGCGAUCGGUUUGACGGUUUGUGACUGUGAUUCUACAUCGUGGAGACAUGUGUAGUGUGUGAUCUCAAGUACCUUCCACCGUCCAGAUGAGUAGCGUCUGAGGUCUGAACUGUGCAUACGAGAUAUGGACAUGACGAUGACAGACUCGCCCCACCGCAGCUGGUACGACAGCACCACUCCCCGUGAGGGAGGUAGCGACUCCCAACUAUCUGUAGCAGAACACAUGAGCUCCCUGUUCGCACACCAUCACGCCCAGGAGCCCAGCGGGUCCAGGGAGUACCCAGCCUACCGAGGGUCCGCGGCCAGGGAGGACGGCGACUCCCAACUGUCAGUGGCGGAACACAUAUCCUCCCUGUUCGCUCACCAUCACGCCGCCUCCUUGGAACCCGCGGCCACCAGGGAGUACCCAGGGUACAGAGCGGCGGCGGUCACCAUGACCAGCAGAUACUACCAUGGACAGCUGCAUGGGCACGCCUCCUCGUACGCGGCGCAGCAUGAUACGGACUCCAGGACUUCUCCAUCAACGGCGGCGAGGCAAGUGUGCAGACCUCACUUCAGCCAUCACCCUUGGAUAUCAGGGUCAGACAGCAAGCAGCUCUCCUACCCCCAGAACGGGCACCCACCCUCCACCUCCACCGCGUCUUCGUGGUGUUCGCCCUUCAACCCCGUCCAGUCGUCCAGCGAAGACACCCCCGCCUCCGCCAAGUCGCCUCACAACCCCGUGUCCUCGGUGUCCCACGCCAUGUUCAGUUUUCCCCCCACACCACCUAAGGACGCUACCCCGGACCCUGACAGUGUCCCGACGGCGUCCACUUCCAACGCGCUAUCUACACCGACGUCUUCGGAUUACAUGUCCAAGGGGACGCCGACGUCCAACGCCAACGACUACUCCAACGUCAUCGUCCACGCCGCCUCCAUGGGUGUGUUUAUCCAUCCUGACCAGGCGUCGUCGUGUGACAUCAAACCCAUGCUCAACUCGCAGUCGUCCAAGCAGCGUGAAGGUACCUCGACCUCUUCCUCCGGCACGACCUCCCCCGCCUACCCUCACACCAGCCAGGGCUACCAACCUUAUCCUCAGGACUCCUACCCUUCCUACUCCCACGGAUCCUUCUACAACAAGGGGUACUAUCAGAACAACACCUCCUCCUCCCUCUCCAACAACUCCUUGGUCAAGUACUCGUCUGCCGCUAAGAGUAAAUCUCGAACUAGCGCUGAAGGGAGAGAGUGUGUCAACUGCGGGGCGACAUCCACGCCACUAUGGAGGAGGGACGGCACCGGGCACUACCUCUGCAACGCUUGCGGCCUUUACUACAAGAUGAACGGCCAGAACCGUCCACUCAUCAAGCCCAAGAGGCGACUGUCACUACAGUCGGCGGCGCGGAGAGCGGGUACGAGUUGCGCCAACUGCAAGACAACCACCACCACCCUCUGGAGACGUAACCAGAAUGGGGAACCUGUCUGUAAUGCUUGCGGGCUCUACUACAAGCUGCACAACGUUAACAGGCCGCUGACGAUGAAGAAGGAAGGGAUACAGACGAGGAAUCGAAAAUUGUCGUCAAAGUCGAAGAAGAAAAAAGGCGGGAGUUUGCCAGGUUCCUGCUUAGCACUGACAGGGGUCAUGGGGGACAUGAUGAAACCUUUCCAAGGGGACGGGAUGGGAUCCAAGGGGGCUGGCUUCAGCUCGCCUCACGCCUUUAACAGCCAUCACAUGAGUCACUACAUGUAUCCGCAUAGUAACAUCCACCCUCAGGCGCACUUCGGGUCGCCGCAGCCCCCGGGCCCAGCUGCGCCGCCUCCGGGAAUGCACCAUCAUCAUCACAUGGCCACCUUCACCAGCUUCGGCUUUCCGGGGACGUCCAACGGAAUGCCCAGUUGGAGAUCUGAAUACACCUGAUGUGCCGACCGAGUCGCCACCGCUCUCACUCCUCCGCUCUCCAGUCUAGUCCUAGUUUAAGAGAUAUUAUUUCGUGAGUGUCCGCUGUAGCCAGUCUAGCAGACUGAUAGAUUUAUCUGUGUUAUCUGUCUCCCUUGCCUUUAGCUAUAACCCACUUUUUUACAGAUUCCUAUUUGAUUUUGUCCCGAGUCGAGCUUUAACCGGCCAAGUCGAGCACUUGUAAAUUGACCUUGUACAUAGCCACAUGUGUGGAGGAUAGGGUGUUGUGGACUUGGUGGGUUUGUUAUGAAAUACGAGUUUAGUUGUCAAUACAUUACGAUCUCAAACUGCACUCGAUAAGUUUUUAUUGUAACAACCAGUGCUUGAAAGACAAUGUCAGUUUGCAUAACCCCUCAAAAAUAUAUUAGUGACGCAUAAUAUAUUUGUAACGCAGCGUUACAAAACACAAAAGUGGCUUUAUUACAAAAUAAUUGUCAAGUCUUGAUAUAUAUCGUGGUUUGGUUAUCAAUCGGAUCAGGGUAGGUGAUAUCGUAGCUUUGGCGUUUCACCGUUUGCUCUUCUCACUCCUUUCAUACGAUCCACACACAUAAAUUUCGGGUCCCAUAUCGGAAAAAAGAAAGUUAAAAGAGACUGCAAACCUCUAAAAAACCAUUUUUACGAUUUGUCUCCAGAGUGGACUUGAAACUCUAUCCUAUUUUUUAUGAAUUCUGAAACCAAUCGCUGUGAUCUGACAGAGAUUCCAAUCAUCAAAAUCACAAACUUACUCACCAAUGUCCUACAACUCUCCAUAUCCACAUUCAUUUUGUUUACGGCAUUGAUACUGUAAAUACGCAGGUUGUUCCGUGAUAGAUUUCGGUUAAGUACAAAACCACCCCGAGAUCGAGAUGGCGUUCUCAAGACUGUCUCGUGUAUAUAUUGUAUAUUAGACUGCCGUUAUAGACUGUACAGUGCGGUUUUUAUUUAUUAAAACGCUCGUCUCGAUCGCUAUAUUAAACACGUUUGUGUUAAGGAGUGCAAUGUUUUAAAUUUUGUUAUUGUACAAAUAGUGAAAGAUAAUUUAAAGUGUUAUUUAAUGUAAAAAUUGUAAAUUAUAUUUUGAUUACUUUUGCAUAAUUAUAAGAAUUGGGUACUUCUAAAUUCUAGGUCGCCUCUCAAGACACUGGUAAAUUGAGGAUUUGUUAUUGUUUCAUGAUGAGAUAUUUUAUUUUGGUUUUGUAAAUUGUGACAUGAGAAGACUAUGUAUACGUGACACAUUAAAUUAUUCUGUUUGAAUAUCAACUUUACAUCAAUGUAAACUUAUGUCUUUUUGUACUAGACACCAAAUGUCUUAAUUUUAUUGUCUUUAGGCUAAUAACAUAAUGUGUGUUCUAGAGACUCGUGUAUGUUAUAAUUUCUUUCAACAGUUAGAAAACAUAAUCAAAUUGUUAUUGGCAUCUAAUUUGACCGAAAUUGUGAUUCCAAAUAGUCAAAACAUAAAUAUUUUUACUUUUUUUUUGUAAAAUGGUUGUACUACCAAUUGCCAAUAUCAGCAAUACUUAAACAUUAAAAUUAGAGAUAAAUGUCUUUAUAUUUUUGUCAGAGAUAACACCAUAUUAUACUGAUCUUGUAAAUGUUCAAUGACAUUUUAUGAUAUUAUUUAGUGAUAUGUUGCAAUUAAUUGUAUAUUGUAUGAUAUUUUUUACCGGCGACCUGGGAAGCGAUCUAGAGUUCGCUCGCUGGACCAACCCACCUGUAAUAUAUCCAUGUCCUGUGACAACUUAUUUGUAUACAGUUACGUGUGCGUUGUC